UUGUUAAUUAAUUGUUACAUUUAUUGUUAAAUUACACUGGGAUUGCUGAAGUUGCAUGCGCUUUUAUUCACCCCCUACCUAUUACAUUCAGUCGAUGUUUAAACAAAACACGCGCGUUGCGCGUCUUUGCGAAACAUAUUCAAAAGUUGUUUGCUGUUUUGUGUGUGUGAAUGUGUGUGUAUUCAUACAUGUAUGUGCGUCUAUGCUCGCUUUAUUAAACAUUAACAUUGCGGAAAAUCAAUACGUGAGUGGAAUGAUUUUGUUUGUGUGUGCGCGCAACGUGCAACGCUACUGUAUGUUUUUUGUUUAAUCAAGAACAACAACAACAAGGAAAGCAACUAAAUAAAAUAGAGCGCGAGUCACAACAGGAUAACGUACGUCAAAAGCCGAGUGUGGUCUAAACGCCUUCAGCAAACGAUAUACGGUCAGCAAAUCAAGGAAACAAAUCCGCACUACAGUACAUUGAGCUUCCAUUAUUGGCUUCCAUUGAAGUUCGAGUUGAGAGCCAGAGUAAAGGCUUCGACUUGGGCGCGUGACAGUUAAAAAGGCAAUAAGAUGAGCGCCGCCACCACACAAGAGUUUUGCGUUCGCUGGAACAGCCACCUGGGGAGCAUUGGAGCGGCCUUUCCACAGCUAUUGGCUGGUCAAAGAUUCGUGGAUGUGACGCUUGCCUGCGAGGGACAUCAGGUGCAUUGCCAUCGCCUGGUAUUAGCCGCGUGUUCCACUUACUUUGAGGCAAUUCUUGCCGAGAAUCCCUGCAAGCAUCCAGUGAUCAUAUUGCCCAGUGAGAUUAAGCUAUGGGAAAUACAAGCGCUCGUCGACUUCAUGUACAAGGGCGAGGUAAAUGUAACGCAGGCGGGACUUGGUCAGCUGCUGCGUUGCGCCGAGCAGCUGCGCAUCCGUGGACUGUAUGGCUCCGAGGCAGCUAUCAACUACAAACAGCUGCAGCAAAUGCGACUAGAUGCUGGUGUCAGCGCCGUCGCCGCCACAGCGCUGGAUAGCACAUCGCCAGUGAAGCAAGACCAUCAGCAGCAGCAGCAACAACAACAACAACAACAACAGCAGCGGUUGGAGAACGCGGAGACGGAUGAUACGGCCACAAACUCUACGACAUCGACAACAACCGCUAGUACAACGGCAUUGUCUGCCAAACAACAGCAACAGUUGCUGUUGCAACAACAGCAACAACAACAACAGCAGCAGCAGCAGCAGCAACAACAGUUGCAGCCAAAGCGACAGCCAAACGGCAAUAAUGCGCUGCAGCUACAGUUGUUGCAACAACAGCAGCAGCAGCAAGUGCAGCAACCACAUACGAAUGCCAACUCAUCAACCGCCGCUUCCAAUAACUCGAAUGCGCCCACAGAAGACGACUCUGGGGAUGAUACCAACUGCAACAAUUGGAACGCUUUCAGUGAACACUAUGAAGACUUUGCCGGCGUAAACAACAACAAGCUCAAUGCACAGAUCAUGCAACAGCAGCAGCUACAACAGCAACAACAACAGCUGCAGCAACAAUUGGAUUCGACCAUCGAGGAUGAUCACAACUAUGUGGCUGCGCAUGAUGAGGACAAUGAUAGCAGUGGCGGCUUUAUGGGCAAUGCGGUCAACAACAGCGUCGCGCAGCUCAGCAUGGAGUCGGACCUAGACACCUCAGCCAAUACAUCGGGCUCCUCCUUAAUGCACAGCUCCAUUGAUGGUUACACCUCGUAUAAGCGCGUGCGACGCUCAGAGGCUUCGCUGGCACAGGCAGCCAAGUGUGUGUCCAAAGGCGAAACCUUUCAAACGGUUAGCAACAUGUUCAACAUACCCGUGUCCACCAUACGCUUCUAUAUGGCGCGCAAAGGCAUCUUGCCCAAGCGCAAGCGUGGCCGUGGCGCCUCCCAUGCUGGCGGCACCAUUACCACAACGAACAGCGUCACCGGUGGCAACGGUUCAGCAACAGCACAAGCAGCAGCAGCCGCCGCAGCGGCAGCGGCAACUAUGGCAGCCGCCACCACAUUGGGCAGCCUAUCGACAGCGGGUGCGCAUCACUUGCCCCAUCAUUUACCACUGGAUGCCAUGCAGUUGAAGCGACUAACAAACGCUACCAGCGGUGCCAGCAGUCCCACAGCUGCGGCCGCAGCAGCGGCUGCACUUGUGGCAGCCUCAUCGCCUAGCCUGGAGGUGGCCACAGCUGCAGGCGUACCCUUCCAUCUACUCAGCGAUGCGGCUGCCUUCAAGCUAAGCGAGCAGCAACAGCAGGCGCAUAUAAUCUAACCAUGAGGUCGCCUAUUGCGCUGCCACUAGAUCGCAGCCACGACACAAACACACGCAACAGAAAGAGAUAGAUAGAGAGAAAGAAAGAGAGAGAAAGAGAGAGAGAGUAGCAGCAAACGCCUCCCAGCAUUUUGGACAGUGUGCAGUGGACAAUCUUAAGGCACUUUCCACAAACUUAACUCAACUCACGCGCUUUUAAAGCCACAGUAAAUGAUAAUAUACAAUAUAUACAUACAUAUAGUAUAUAAUAUAUAAAGCAAUGUAAGCCAGCUGUUCCUGUUACGAACUGUAUUGCUGUAGCUGCCAGCAGUUGAUGAAAGCUUAUAUAUACAUAUAAAUUUAAUGUUUAGAUCUACAUAUAUAUUUAAUGUAAUGGAUAUAUAUUUGAUUUUAAGGUUUUUUGGCUUUAGUCAGCUAAGUGUGUACUUUAGCAAGCGAUUCAAUUUGCGCGCAUUGCUUAGAAGAUCUAGCGUUAGUUUUAACUUAUAUACAUACAACAUACACAUAUAUACAACAUAUAUAUUUGUAAUACAUGACUUUUUUCAUGUAGCCAAAACCGUCAACUCAAUUUCAAAAUUAUUUUUUUUUA